CGUGUCCUUAAACUCAUUGCUGCUUCCGUGUGUGAAGUCUCCCAGCCGGACGGUCACCGCUGCCAGGAACAAACUCUCAAUACAAUGCGUGCGAUUCCCGAGGAGCUAACGACGCUCAUCUCAGACCUAGAAUAUUUCAUCUCUGAUGGAUUAAAAGGGGAAAAUCUCAGCAAGAAGGCAAAAGAGAAGAGGGAUGCCUUCAUCAGACGGAUUCAAGAGCUCAAAUUGGGUUUCCCACACGAUUUCAAGGACAGAAGUGGAGAUGAGGAGGAUGACGAGGAGGAAGUUGACAGCAACAACGAUGGAGGCUCGCAGCAGUCAGAGCGCACAGACAAGGAUGAAGACGCUGGCGAAGGUGCCCAGCAGUCCCCACCUGUGGCGGCUCAGGACCUGACGUCUGUCUUUAAAGCGGGAUACCUUGAGAAGCGCAGAAAGGAUCACAGCUUUUUCGGCACCGAGUGGCAGAAGAGGUGGUGCGCUCUAAGCCAGCAUACCUUCUAUUAUUAUGGCAGUGAGAAAGACAAGCAGCAGAAGGGAGAGUUCAGUAUCGAUGGAUACACUGUCAAAAUUAACAGCACCUUACGGAAAGACUCAAAGAAAGACUGCUGCUUUGAAAUCACGGCUCCAGACAAGCGAGUCUAUCAGUUUUGUGCGUCAUCCGUGAGAGAGGCGGAGGAAUGGGUGAAACAGAUAGACUUUGUUUUGAAAGGAAUCAUCCAAGAAAUAAUCCAAGAAGAUGAUGAGGAGGAACAGGAUGUGUACGAUGAUGUUGAUAUACCUGUGUCUGAGCCGAUUGACGAAGACAUCUAUGAAGAGCUCCCAGAGGAUGACUUGCCCACUCCAGCAAAGCCUCCUCCAAAGAUCGAGCCAGUCUGUAAACCAUCUCCUCCUGCUGCAGUUGAUAAGAGCACAGACUACCCCAACUUCUACCAGGGCUUAUGGGACUGUUCAGGGGACCAACCGGAUGAGUUAACCUUCAAGCGUGGAGAUGCCAUCUACAUCCUCAGCAAGGAGUACCAGAGCUGUGGUUGGUGGGUCGGAGAAAAGAACGGAUCUAUAGGAAUCGUUCCCAAAGAUUACCUGAUGGAGCUUUACGCUAUAUAAACACACCCAUGAUCUUCCAUAUCCACUCCAACUGAUUGAUGAUUGGAUAAAAUACAUAUUCAUCUGACUGAAAUACAUGUUAAAGAGUAUUUUUCUACAGUUUCUGCACUUCUUUUUUGUAUUUAUUUCCCAUCCUCAAAACCGUUUUCCCAUACCAUUUCAUAAUUUACUUUUGUCAGUGUUUUUCUUGGCUUGAUUAAUAAACGUUCAAACAUA